AUGGAAGAACUCGGCUUGGGAGAUUUUGACUAUGCUGAAGAUGCAUCAGAUUGGGAUACAUCUAGCGAUGCCAGUAAGAAAAGCCUGCCCGAAGGCACCAAGACGCCUCCUGCACCUGAGGAGUUACCUCGAUCCUCCAGUAUGGAGAAAGAUGUCAACAUAUCUCCAAAAGCACCUGUCGCUCCUCCGAGGAGAUUCGGCGGGGAUGAGAAAAAGGUUCCUCAUCCCCAGCCUCGUUCCAAGAAGACCAUGCCUCAGGAAAGUGACAAAUCUGAUUGGGACCAAGAAACAGCUUCAAUAUGUAGUGAAGCCAAAAGUGAUGAUCAGCAGCUUCAGGAAGAGAUCGGAGAAGGCACCCCUGAAGUCUCACCAAUGGCGGCAGACAUAGAAAAUCAUUUACAAACUGACAAGGAGAAAGAUGAGACACUUGAGUCAUGUGACUUCGAGCCAAGUCAUCCACGCACGUCCCUCCCUGGCAAUAUCAUCAGAGAUCAACAAAGUCCCGAGGAAAGGCUUGACGAUGAUGUUCAACCAGACAUCAAUUAUGAGAACCUCUGGGAAGAAGUGGAGCCAAAGGAAGCAAAAGGACAAAUCCCAUCAGAAAGUGGAAAGCAAAUGGACUCAUCUUCUGGUGAAGAACAGUCAAGUGAUGAAGAGGAAGCCGAAGCAAAGAAGGGGAAGAGUGUAGACUUUGCUAGCCACCGCAAACUUAAAAUCGAUGAACAUGAGAAGAACCUUGAAGAACAUACUCAACCUUGCUGGUCAAGCAGAUAUUCUGCUUCUUUACCGGUUGUGACCCAUGACGACUGUCACGUGGAUGGUGAAAAGUUGAACCAGGAAGUCCAGAAAGAGAUUGUUAACGAGACUCCCGAGGCUGAUGUUUCGGUGAAAAAUCUCAGGGCUUUCAGUGACACAGAUGGAAGCGCAACAGAGGGGGUUGCCGUUGAGAAACUUGAGACUGGGUCAACGUGCCAAGAUGAAACAUCAAAUCAAGCAGAAGCCUCCCAACAGGCACAGAAAACAGAGAAGCCGCUAACAUCUGAGAGUCAUAUGACACAGACAGGUGUAAGCAAACCCAGAGAACAGGCUGAAGAGAAGACCGUACAGCUGGCAGGGAAUAGCAAGGCCCGUGCAUCUAGAACCCCUCACAUUGACAACACGGAGCUGUCAUUGUUUGACGACAGCACUUUAAGCGAUGUAUCAGACGAUGAAGGAAGGUGUCAAACUGGAGAACUGCGGAAAAAACAGCAAUCAGACGAAAUGGAGAUGUCUGAAGAUCUCGGCGAUCUCAAUUCGUCAUCCGACGUGACGACGGAUGAUUCGGACUUUCACGCUUCAGGUCAUCGAUGUAGCUCCCUCUUCAUUCAGAACCUGGACUCAAUCACGACAGACUCCAGAAGCAUGGUUAAGCUGCAGAACAUUUUCCACAAGUACGAGCGCUCCAUUCAGAAGGCCAAAAGCCGUCACAGCUACUAUGCAGACAAAGUGAGCAUCCUGGAAACAGAAAAGACGCAGCUUAAGUGCUCACUGGAUGAGGUGAAAAAUGUUAAAUCUGCCUUGGAGCGCAACCAGUUGGACUUGCAAACGGAAGUUACCAACCUCAAAUUUCAGCUAAAACAGGAGCAAGAAAAUGGCCGGAAUGCCACCAUGAUGUACAACACCACCGGAGAUAAGCUCAAGAGAACAGAGGAACAGCGGCUGCUUGAGGUUCAAGAAAAACAGAAAGUGGAACUUUCCCUUAGAAACUUGGAACUGGAGAUGCGAAUUUUAGUCAGCAACAAGAAGCAGCUCGAGGAGGACAACAGUCAGACUCAAAUGCUGUUGGCUCAGGAGCGCAGCGCACGCACGGUGUUAGAAAAUCUGCUCAACAGUCAUGUGCGCAAGCAGCAGGAGAUUGAAGAGGAGAAUAAAAGAAACAUAGGCAAAAGUAACGAGGCCUUGUCUCAGCUGACGGAAGCCGGCGACCGGGAACGCGAGCUGCUCCAGCAGAUUUCCAUAUUUCACGAGCAGCUGAGCACCCUCAGGACAGACCUUGAAAGUUCCCAAGCCAACAGCAGCAUCAAGCAGAGAGACCUCCAGGAGGAAAAUAAGUCCCUCAAGGAACAACUGGAAGAAGCCCGGCGAGCGCUCAAAGUCAACAGUGACACCUUAAACCAAUCUGUCUUAGACUUCAACAACCAGACGGCAACUAUGAAGUCGGAGUUGACCGUCGCCGCGACUCGCCUGGAGAAUGAGCGCGGGGUCCGUGAGACCAUGGCGGCAGAGUUGGAGUCGGUUCGCGCUCGUCUAACGGUGGCUCUUCAGGAGGCCGAGCGCUCCAUGGCGGCUCGGUCGGAUGCAGAGAAAGCGUUGCUACAGGAGAAGGAGGAACACCGUCGCCUUCAAGAUAGACUCUCAAAUGAUGCAUCCAGUCAGCAUGAAGCAGUCAGCAGCCUCUCCCAGAAGCUAUCCAAGGCAGAAGCACACGCAAACAGCAUUGAGAACGACGCUCAUUGCGUCAAGCUGCAGCUAACUGAGAAGAACCUCCUGCUAAAUACCUUGCAGCGCGAGAACGACCAGAUAAACGCACGCGUUAAAGAGCUGGAAGCUGCUCUGUUGGCUGAAAAGGAGCAGGUCACUCGAGCCGCAGCGCGCCAAGAGGCCACGCUGGAGCGCUUGGCCCAAAUGCAGAGUGAAAGCAUGUUGGUACGGCAACAGCUGGAGGAGGCCCAAAACAAAGGUGUUGCAAAGGAGAACGCCGUGACAGACGCCCAAAAGUCUUUCAGUAACAUUUUGUCCGAACUUCGCAAAGACUGUGAGGACAGAGUGCAACUUGCGCAGGACCGUUAUCAGGAUCUGGACGCAAAAGCUGCUGAACUUCGAGAAAAUAUUCACCAAUUACAGGAGGAAAAAAGUGAAAGAGAGGCAAAUCAGAGACAGCUGCAGCAAGAGUUAGCAGACUCAUUAAAGAAGCUGUCGAUGUGCGAAGCUUCUUUGGAGGUCAACACCCGUUAUCGGAAUGAUUUGGAAGAUGAGAAAACCCGGCUCCACAAAGACAUGGAUAGCCUUAAGUCAAAGAUGGACGAAAGGGAAUCUCAAUGCCUUGAAGUUGAGAAGCACGUGAACAAACUCAGGUGUCAUCUGGACGAAAGGGAGAAAGAACUCUGUGCUGCCGCUCAGAAACAGCAGGAGGCGCUCUCUGCUGCGGCUGCCUCCGAAGCUGUUGUUAAGCAACUGGAGGAGACUAUACAAAGGUUGGAGAUUGAGAAUGUCAAGCUAGAAGCUGCUGCGAAGCAACAGGCCAACAAACUUGAAGCACUUCAAAAGGACACUCAGGAAGAAAAAAAGCUGUCUGACAGUGCAAACGGAGGAAUGGUCAGAGCUCAUUUGGAAGAUUUGGUGACCAACCUACAAAGUAGUAAAAUGACAUUAGAAGAAGAACUCAGUAAAGAGGUGCAAAAGCAAAGCAUGUUGUCUAACAGUGCCCACGACUCUCAGGCCUUGUGGGAGGAAGAGCUGAAGAGCCGCUCCAAGUUAGGACUCCGUCUUGCGGAGCUCGAAAAGGAAAAAGGGGAACUUGACAGUCAAGUGGAAAUAGAGAGGAGGAAAGCUAAGAAAGUAUCAGAACAGAAGAAGGCUGUUGAUUCUCGUCUGGAACAGGAGAUGGAGAGAAACACAGAACUUCAAAAGGAAAUAUAUAGGCUACGGACUCUACUGAAAACUGCCAAGAGGAGAAUGCGAGAGAUGGGCAAUGGUGGAGGAGGUGACUUUGCCUCUCCAAUGAGCAGUCUAAAGGUAGACCUGGGCAGAAACAGCCGAGCUGAUGGAGCUUUUAAUGGAAGAGCUGAAAAAGGGGAGCUGGAGAGGAGCGCAUUCCAAGGUAGUCUGUCAGAGAGGAGGCUGUUAGAAGAGGAAGUGCAAAGCCUUAAACGCCGAGUGGAGGCCUCCGAGGCGGAGCAGAGGCAAAUGGAGCAGUACCGCCGAGAGGUGGAGGAGAAGGCCAGACAGGAACUACAUCACAAACUACAGGAAGUCAACAUCUUCCUGCAGUCCCAGGCUGCAACCCAGGAGGCACAGGACCAGAUUAAAGCAGCCAAUGAGGCCAGCCUACGCUUAAAGAUCCAAGAACUGGAGAGUGAACUGAACCGAGCCCGAACCGUUCAACACGACACCCUCAGCCAAAAAGAAUUAACUCGUACCGAGCUGGAGCACUUCAAAGAGCUAUACAGAGAGGAGCAGCGGCUCCGCAAGUCUUUGUCUUCUGAUCUAAAAAGGACUAACCACCAGCUCACAGAAGCAAGUUCGAGGUUUGUCAACGAACGCAGCAAGUCUCUUAUCGCCUCCCCUGGAACACUACCACCACCUUCAGUUGUCACGGGCUCUCUUGGGGCCCCCUACAGAAGCCUUGGCUCAGGGCUCCUCGGCACUGUGACUGAAGGACAAAGCAGCAGUAUGGAGGACUACUUGGCCAGGAUGCAGCGUCAAUUGGACAGAAGCAUAUCAAGGGAACUAAACAAAGCCUCAGCGGAACUCGACAUCUCUUUGGCCCGCAUGUCUCCAGUGGGCUCUGCCUCGAGGGUGGAGCUGGACCCUGUUAGCAGAGCAAAGCAGCAAUAUUUGGAGGUCCUAAAGAAGAACCACGAGGUCUAA